UGUAUCUGAGCUUCCGUUUCAGUCGAUCGACCCAUCACUAGCCACAUAUAACUAGCUCUUUGUUCAAUCUGUUUCUGUGUUAGCUCUCAGUCGACCACAAUGUCAGAACUAGUGUCGUUUCGUAUGUUUUUGAAUGAGGUCUUGACAGCGGCUGCUUUUGAGAUUUUCGGGGCAGUGGAGAAUAUGUUAGUGGAAUGCAUGAAAGAAAAUAUUCCGCGAAGUUACAUGAAACAACAAGAACUCGACUCGCUGCAGUUCCCCAUCUCUGAAGAGGAGGUUCCCCCUGAGCAGCAGGACUGGACCCCAAGUCUGGGACAGUUCUCUGUCUCUGAAGGAGAGGACCCACUUCACAAAGCCCAACUAACUGAAUACCCUGCUCUCAGUCCGCUGAAUGCAUCUAAAUUACAGAUGUUUAGUGGGUUAUUAAAUAAUCUUUUAACCACGUCUGCUGCUCAGGAGAUUUCUGGCUCAGUUGAGAAAAUGUUAGUGAAGUACCGGGAGGAGAACGACCGGCUUGGGAGAAUGCUGCGACUCACACCAGAGAUAAAAUUAUGUAGAAUAGACUCCCUGCAGUUCUCUCUUUCCGUUUCUGAAGAGAUGUCCCCUGAGCCAAAGGACUGUAGCCCCACUCUGAGGAAGGAGAACCCAGAGCCCACACAGAUUAAAGGGGAACAGGAGGAACUUCGAAUCAGUAAGGGAGAAGAGCAUGAUCAAGUCGUGGAGCCUAAUAUCAUAGAAUUCAUAUUCUCUCCCUCUGUGAAAAGGGAAUGUGACCCUGUGACCAACCUGAAGAACCUAAACCAGCUUAAACCGUUUCACACAGGAGAGAAAUCAUUUAGCUGUGGCAACUGUGGGAAAACCUUCAGUCAGAAGGAGACCCUAACAAAGCAGAAACUGACUCACACAGGAGAGAAAUCAUUUAGCUGUGGCAACUGUGGGAAAACCUUCAGUCAGAAGGAGACCCUAACAAAGCAGAAACUGACUGACACAGGAGAGAAAUCACAUAGUUCUGGUGACUGCGGGAAAAGCUUUUUGCAGAAGGGGUCCAUGACACAGUAUAAACUGACUCAUAAAGGAGAAAAACCAUUUAGCUGUGGUGACUGUGGGAAAAGCUUCAGUCUAAAGUGGACACUAACACAGCAUGAACUCACACACACAGGAGAGAAACCAUUUAGCUGUACUGACUGUGGCAAACGCUUCAGGCAGAGGGGGACCCUAACAAAGCAUAAACUGACUCACACAGGAGAAAAACCAUUUUGCUGUGGUGACUGUGGCAAAAGCUUUAUGUACAGACAUCACCUGAAGCAGCAUGAACUAACACACACAGGAGAGAAACCAUUUAGCUGUGCUGACUGUGGCAAACGCUUCAGGCAGAGGGGGACCCUAACAAAGCAUAAACUGUCUCACACAGGAGAAAAACAAUUUUGUCCUGGUGACUGUGGCAAAAGCUUUAUGUACAGACAUCACCUAAAGCAGCAUGAACUAACACACACAGGAGAGAAACCAUUUAGCUGUGCUGACUGUGGCAAACGCUUCAGGCAGAGGGGGACCCUAACAAAGCAUAAACUGAUUCACACAGGAGAAAAAACUUUUUUUUGUGGUGACUGUGGCAAAAGCUUUAUGUACAGACAUCACCUGAAGCAGCAUGAACUAACACACACAGGAGAGAAACCAUUUAGCUGUGCUGACUGUGGCAAACGCUUCAGGCAGAGGGGGACCCUAACAAAGCAUAAACUGUCUCACACAGGAGAAAAAACAUUUUGCUGUGGUGACUGUGGCAAAGGCUUUAUGUACAGACAUCACCUAAAGCAGCAUGAACUAACACACACAGGAGAAAAACCAUUUAGCUGUACUGACUGUGGCAAAAGCUUCAGGCAGAGGGGGACCCUAACAAAGCAUAAACUGACUCACACAGGAGAAAAAAACAUUUUGCUGUGGUGACUGUGGCAAAAGCUUUAUGUACAGACAUCACCUAAAGAAGCAUAAACUGACUGACACAAGACAGAAACCGAGAAACCAUUUUGCUGUGAGUGGGAGAAAUCGUCUUGAAGUCAUUUGAGUACCCUGAAGACUGAGUAGUGAGAAGUAUCCAGAAGUCAUUGUAGAAGUUAUUCAUAAAAUCAUGUUGUAAUUUCACAUUAAAAUAUACAUACAGUGGGGAGAACAAGUAUUUGAUACACUGCCGAUUUUGCAGGUUUUCCUA